AUGUGGCAGUUCAAUGCUAAUCGACUCACCAAGCAGUCGUGUGGCGAACAUCAUGCAACACUAAACUUUCCGAACGGAGGUGCGGAAGAAACUGGUACCUCCAGUGGAUCAACUGACCAACACAAUGCCAAAGCUGUUCGAUAUAUUGACCUCGGUCUUUACAACCGUUGUAACGAACAAAGUGGCGAAAUGACGGGAAAAUACCUAGAAUCAGACUAUGAGGCAAACAGAUAUAGUGGUGGGCGGUUUGAGCUUAAUCAUGUGAAUGUGACAAAUGUGACCCAACUGCAAACAGAUCCACUAACAACGAACAUUGAAACCCACCGAGAAAAUGGGAUUUUGGCUGCUCAGAAGUAA